UUAAUAAUUCACUAACUGUGUAUCUCACCUCAUGGGUAAUAUUAUAUGUCUGUAUAGGUGUGAAAUUGUAUAUACGCAAUAUACUCAAUUCUCCUAUAUAUACCAAGCGUUUUGUAGAUUUGUGCUGUAUAUAAUAAUGAUAUACACCACCUUCUGCAUUGGAACAUAAUACAGUUUACACACAUUAGGAGAAUUAAGGAUUGAGAAUAAGCUAAGCAAUGCUACAGGGCAGCUUGACGAAUAGUAAUGCUGGUCGAUCUGCGCCCCAGGGUUGUGGGUUUGAAUCUUGCGACCAGCUGUGGUGUGUGUGCGUGCAUAUUUUACUCAGAUUUGCCACGACCUCGCAUUGGAUAUGUUGUUCCGGGAAAAGCAUGAACAAAAUCAGUAGAGAUUAGCAUGAAAAAACUUGCCUGCUGAUUAUUUUUGUUUUACCAUGAAACAUUAUUGAAAUGAUGUUCUCAGUGGCAUUUUUAAGUGUGGAAUAUGUCACUCAUGGUUAAUUUUAAAGUCCACACGGUAUUUUAAAUGUAUUGUGCGUCCUGUAGAGUUUUGAGAAUGAAAAUCCUUUGAUUGUUCUCAUCCUUCACCACACACACGACCUGACAACACAUCUGCCUCAAUCUAUGGCAAACAAGCCUGCUUGCUUUCUUGACUGGAGCCUACGAUUCAGCUGCACCAGAGCUGUGGGCAAGAACAUGUGCUUCCCCCCACCACGCACGCACAGGCACAUGCACACACACACACACGCACACACACGCACACACACGCACACACACACACACGCCUGCCUCUGCACCCUUGUUCAAUCCACCCCACACUGUUCACUGGCUCCACCUCCCACCUCUUUUCUCAUUGGUAAUCAUCGACAUAGAGUGGGAGGGGGUGGGGGAUAGGGAGAGAAAGAAAGAGAGAGAGAGGGAGGGAGAGGGCUUACUUAUAUGUUUAGAAUUGAGCAGGCUCUCCGUGUAUCACUUCAGGCAGCGUGUUAUCCCCGUGUUGAUCUCCUUCAGUGCAUCAGUGAGCCUCAGUGAAGAGGUCUCCCAAUAUCUCUUCACCUCCUCCCUCCCUAUUCAAGCAGAGCCGGGAACAUGCUUCAUCUGUUUUUCUGUGCGUUUGGAUUGUUAGCGUUGGUCCCAGCGUCACUGCAGGGACCACACCAGCGGUACUUGUUGAAAGAGCUACUAAAGGACUACAAUCCCAUGGAGAGGCCAGUGGCAAAUGAUACUCUCCCUAUUACCGUCAACCUGUCCAUGAUCCUCAUACAGAUUAUGGAUGUGGAUGAGAAGAAUCAGGUUCUCACCACCAAUAUGUGGCUCCAGAUGCACUGGUAUGACCACUAUCUCCAGUGGAACCAGUCCGAAUAUCCUGGGGUGAAGAACCUGAGAUUCACCACUGAUCAGGUGUGGACGCCUGACAUCCUCCUGUACAACAGUGCUGAUGACAAGUUUGACUCCACCUUCAAGACUAAUGUGCUAGUUAACUCCAGCGGUUUCUGCCAGUAUCUGCCACCUGGGAUCUUCAUGAGCACAUGUAACGUGGACGUCCGCUGGUUCCCGUUCGACAUUCAGAGGUGCGAGCUUAAGUUUGGAUCCUGGACCUUUGAUGGUUGGCUGCUGGACCUGCAGAUGAACGAGGCCGACAUUUCGGGCUACAUGUCGAACGGGGAGUGGGAUCUGGUUGGGGUUCCAGGUAACCGGAACGUCGUGUUUUACGACUGUUGCAAGGAGCCGUACCCUGACGUGACGUUCAUCAUAACCAUCCGGCGGAGGACACUGUACUACGCCCUCAACCUGCUGAUCCCGUGCGUGCUGCUCUCUUCCAUGACCCUGCUCAUCUUCCUGCUCCCGGCCAACUCCGGGGAGAAGAUUUCUUUGGGUAUUACAGUGCUUCUCUCUCUCACCGUAUUCAUGCUGCUUGUUGCGGAGAUCAUGCCGGCCACCUCAGACUCCAUACCACUGAUAGGGCAGUACUUCGCCAGCACCAUGGUGAUUGUGGGCAUGUCGGUGGUGGCGACCGUGGUGGUGCUACAGUAUCACCACCAUGACCCUAACGGAGCGGACAUGCCUCAGUGGGUGCAGGUGAUCCUGUUCCAGUGGGUUGCGUGGUUCUUGCGGAUGAAGCGCCCAGGAGACAGUGGGAACCCCAACAGCCGCACAUGCGCCGCCAACCUACGGCGCUGCUCCUCCGGUUCACAGAGCAGGAGCAUCCCCAACCCUCCCGACCCCUCCCUGCACCCCAUGCACACCCAGAACCUCCCCCAGGCCCACAAUUCCCUCUCCCACCUGCACAGCCAGUCCAGCACGAACAACAAUGGCAACCUGCUCUACAUCAGCUUCCAGAACCUGGAUGACCCACCCCUGCUACCCGAGCAGGCCCAGAGGAUCGGCACAGUCACACGGAAAGGAGGUUCUGGAAGCAUGGCCAGCAGUCCGCCUCCACAUAUGCCUCCGCAGUUCAGCAAUCCCCCUACUGCAGCCUCAAACCUUGACACCAUGGGCUGCUCCAGCACCAUCUCCAGCAGCUUUGGUCUGGGGGCGGCAACUGGCUGCCUUGGGGUUUCCUCGCCCACAAUGGGGGACCCCCGCCUCCAAGCCAUCCUGGAGGAAGUGCGCUUCUUGGCCGACCGCUACAGGGAGCAGAGUGAGAGUGAGGUGGUGGUGGACCAGUGGAGAUUUGCCGCCGCUGUCAUUGACCGCCUCUGCUUGGUGGCCUUCAGCGUCUUCAACAUCAUCUGCACCAUCUCCAUCCUAAUGUCUGCCCCUAACUUUGUGGAGGCAGUGUCUAAGGACUUUGUCUGACUAAAAAGAGGACAGAAAUGCUGCAGCUCACAGAGGAACAGGAAGAGCAAAUAUGUGUCGUUGGAUAUGUGCGUGGGGGGGGGGGGAGGAUAAAGCCACUGAAGACAAGAAGACUGAGAAGAGCAGGAAGGACUAAACUAUACUGGAAUUGAUUCAAAACAAACGGAGCAGUUAAAUUCCUGCUUCUUCUUCAUAUUAUGAAAAGACUUCAGAUGUCGUGCAAUUCAUUCAUGUUAUGGGUGAAGACAAAAUGAUCCUCCACUUGAUCCAUUCAAUAGACGUGGCAAAGAAAUAAAUCCUCUACUUGAUCAACCCAAUCAGAGGGACCCUGCAGUCCUAACAGGGGCUACGUGUCCAGUCAACAAGAGCAUUUGUUAGGUUCCAGAAAACCUGCAUGAUUGUGUUAAGAAUCAGUGCACUGAUGUACCUCCAGUGACUAAUUCAGCUGUAUUGGAUUGUGUGAGAAAAUCUCCGCAGCUAGACAGCAUUUGACAAUUAAGUCAAUCUUCUUUUUUCAAAGGAAAAUUCUCUUGCAAUUGCUUGUUUUUGAGAAACAAACUUCUCUCCUCCAGUGGCAUCCAAAAAUAAAUACCAUUUUUGCAAGAUUA